UGCCGUCGGUGAGUUUUCCCCAUUAUGGCGGAGGGGCCAGUCGUACGGAUGGACUGUCUCUCCCACUCUGAUGCUUGUUUUGUGUCUUGAGGGAGGGCGUUUUUAUUUUUAUUUUUGUUUACCUUCCCCCGCCGCAGCCUGGUUUCCUUUCCACUAGACUGCACUCGUGUUUUGUCGGCGAAGCGAUGGCAGACCGCGGCGUGGAUCUGUCCGCCCUGCCAAAAGAGGUUAGAGACCAAUUGGCGGAGUUGGAUCUGGAGCUGUCUGAAGGUGACAUCACGCAGAAGGGCUAUGAGAAGAAGAAAGCCAAGCUGCUGGCCUCCUACAUCCAACAUUUGCCAAAUGUGGAUCUGUCUCUGCCAGAUGUACAGCUUUCCCCAGGUCACAGUGCCGAUCCCAGCCCCAGCCCUGAGGGCCCGGGCCCCUCCACAUCUUCAGCCUCCAGACACCACCGUGCACACCGUAGUGGAGGGGCCAGGGACGACCGCUAUAGAUCAGACAUCCACACAGAGGCUGUGCAGGCGGCACUGGCCAAAAACAAAGAGGAGAAAAUGGCACUGCCCAUGCCAACCAAGAGACGCUCAGCCUUUGUCCAGUCUCCCAUAGAUACCUGCACACCUCCAGAUACAUCUUCUGCAUCAGAGGAUGAGGGCUCACUGCGCAGAAAGGCAGCUCUCAGUGCAGUACUAGCCCAGAGCCUGCAGAGUCCUGAUUACUGGAUCAACCGUUCCGUCCAAAGCUCCUCCACGUCCUCGUCUGCUUCCUCCACCCUCUCCCAUGGAGAGCCCAAGACGCAGCCGCAGCCCCAGAUCACACCCGCUGCUUCCUUGUUGGCCGAUGUACUGGCCCACACGCGCAUAGAAAACAGUGUGCCCCCAGAUGUGACAUCCUCUACUCCCCAGGAGAGAGGGUCCAGGGUGGACCUGCCUCCGGCAGUCAGGGGCAUGAGCCGUGGGCAGAGCCGCUCCAGCAUGCUGGAUACCGCUGACGGAAAAAGAAAAGGCGUGCCAGUCAACAGCAGGGUGUCCACUAAGAUCCAGCAGCUGUUAAACACACUCAAACGGCCGAAGAGACCACCACUCAGUGAAUUCUUCGUUGAUGACUCUGAGGAAAUUGUAGAAGUGCCCCAGCCAGACCCCAACACCCCAAAGCCAGAGGGACGUCAAAUCAUCCCCGUGAAGGGGGAGCCUCUCGGAGUGGUCAGUAACUGGCCUCCUGCCCUGCAGGCUGCCCUGGCCCGCUGGGGGGCCACUCAGGCCAAGAGCCCUGCCCUCACUGCUCUGGAUAUCACCGGCAAACCUCUCUACACACUCACAUAUGGCAAAUUGUGGAGUCGCAGUCUGAAACUGGCCUAUACGCUGCUGAAUAAACUGGGCACCAAGACAGAACCUGUCCUUCAACCUGGAGACCGGGUGGCGCUGGUGUAUCCAAACAGUGACCCCGGCAUGUUCUGGGUGGCUUUCUAUGGCUGCCUUUUAGCUGAGGUCAUCCCUGUGCCCAUCGAGGUACCACUCUCACGACAGGAUGCAGGCAGCCAGCAGAUUGGCUUCCUGCUGGGUAGCUGUGGUGUUAGUCUGGCGCUGACCAGUGAGGUGUGUCUUAAAGGGCUGCCCAAGACACCAAAUGGAGAGAUCAUCCAGUUCAAAGGAUGGCCGAGGAUGAAAUGGGUAGUGACAGAUACAAAGUACCUGACCAAACCAUCCAAAGACUGGCAGCCUCACAUCCCCACGGCCAACACAGACACCGCCUACAUAGAGUACAAAGCAAGUAAGGAGGGAACAGUGAUGGGAGUCGCUGUCUCCAAGAUCUCCAUGCUGACCCACUGUCAAGCCCUGUCGCAGGCCUGUAACUACUGUGAAGGGGAAACACUGGUCAAUGUGUUGGACUGCAAGAAGGAUAUGGGCAUGUGGCAUGGAGUCUUAACGAGUGUCAUGAACAGAAUCCACACCAUCACAGUGCCAUAUGCUGUCAUGAAAGCAUGUCCCAUGUCCUGGGUGCAAAGGGUCCACAUUCACAAAGCACGAGUGGCCUUGGUGAAGUGCCGUGACCUCCACUGGGCCAUGAUGGCCCACAAGGACCAGAGGGACACCAACCUGUCCUCGAUACGCAUGCUCAUUGUGGCUGAUGGAGCAAACCCAUGGUCUGUGUCGUCGUGUGAUGCCUUCCUGAAUGUGUUUCAGUCUCAUGGUCUGAAGCCUGAGGUGAUCUGUCCAUGUGCCACCUCUCCUGAAGCCCUGACUGUGGCUAUACGCAGGCCUGGUGCGCGAGGGGCUCCACUACCAGCCAGGGCCAUCCUGUCCAUGGGCGGGUUGAGCCACGGGGUGAUCAGGGUGAACACGGAGGACAAGAACUCUGCUCUCACGGUUCAGGAUGUGGGCCACAUCAUGCCUGGAGCUCUGAUGUGCAUUGUGAAACCAGACGGACCUCCUCAGCUUUGCAAAACAGAUGAAAUAGGAGAGAUUGUGAUCAACUCUCGGGCUGGAGGCACCAUGUACUACGGCCUGCCUGGCGUCACCAAGAACACAUUCGAGGUGAUCCCCGUGAACCAAGCCGGAGCACCUAUAGGCGAAAUUCCCUUCUCUCGGACUGGUCUGCUCGGAUUUGUAGGACCUGGAAGUCUGGUGUUUGUUGUGGGGAAGAUUGAGGGGCUGCUGAUGGUGAGCGGGCGACGCCACAAUGCCGACGACCUGGUGGCCACCGCACUAGCAGUGGAGCCUGUCAAAACAGUUUACAGGGGGAGGAUCGCUGUGUUCUCAGUGACUGUGUUUUAUGAUGAGAGGAUAGUGAUCGUGGCAGAGCAGAGGCCUGACGCCAGUGAGGAGGACAGCUUCCAGUGGAUGAGUCGAGUACUGCAGGCAAUCGACAGUAUCCACCAGGUCGGCCUUUACUGCCUUGCACUCGUCCCAGCCAACACCCUCCCAAAGACGCCCCUCGGAGGGAUCCACAUCUGUGAAACCAAGCAGAACUUUCUGGAAGGGAACUUGCACCCCUGUAAUAUCCUCAUGUGCCCGCACACCUGUGUUACCAACCUGCCCAAGCCACGCCAGAAACAGCCAGUGGACGUCGGUCCCGCUUCUAUGCUGGUCGGCAACUUGGUGGCAGGGAAACGGAUCGCCCAGGCUACAGGUAGAGAGCUGGGUGUGGUGGAGGACCAGGAUCUGAUCCGAAAGGGGGUGGCAGUGUGCACAGCCACUUGUGCUCAGCUGCACAAGAGAGCAGAGAAAAUCACAGCUACCCUAAUGGAGAGAGGAGGCCUCAACACAGGAGACAAUGUGGUGCUGCUUUAUCCCCCAGGUAUUGAUCUGAUAGCGGCCUUCUAUGGCUGCCUCUAUGCGGGGGUCAUCCCUGUGACUGUGAGGCCACCCCAUCCACAGAACCUGGCUGCUACUCUCCCCACGGUCCGCAUGAUCAUCGACGUAAGCAAAGCAGCCUGCAUCCUCACCACUCAGCCCUUAAUGAGGAUCCUCAGGUCCAGGGAGGCUGCUGCCAGCGUCAAUGUCAAGACUUGGCCUACUAUCAUCGAUACAGAUGAUCUCCCCAGAAAGCGGCCUCCGCACAUUUAUAAGCCCCCUACAGCUGAGAUGCUGGCCUACCUGGACUUCAGUGUUUCCACCACAGGCAUGUUGACUGGAGUCAAGAUGUCUCAUGCUGCAGUCAGUACUCUGUGUCGCUCCAUUAAGCUGCAGUGUGAGCUCUACUCCUCACGCCAAAUAGCCAUCUGCCUGGACCCAUACUGUGGCCUGGGCUUCGUCCUGUGGUGCCUCUCCAGUGUUUACUCAGGUCACCAGUCCAUCCUUAUCCCUCCCCUGGAGCUGGAGAGCUCGCUGCCUGUGUGGCUGAGCACACUCAGUCAGUACAAGAUCAGAGACACCUUCUGCUCAUACUCUGUGAUGGAGCUGUGCACCAAAGGCCUGGGCACCCAGACAGAGAUGCUGAAGGCGCGGGGUCUGAAUCUGUCAUGCGUGCGGAGCUGUGUGGUGAUAGCAGAGGAGCGUCCUCGCCUCGCUCUCACGCAGUCCUUCUCCAAGCUCUUCAAAGAUCUUGGCCUUUCGCCGCGUGCCGUCAGUACCGCCUUCGGCUCACGGGUCAACCUGGCCAUCUGCCUGCAGGGCACUGCCGGACCAGAUCCUUCCACCGUCUACGUUGACAUGAAAUCUCUACGCCAUGACAGGGUGAGGCUGGUGGAAAGAGGAGCGCCACAAAGUCUUCCACUCAUGGAGUCAGGCACUAUCCUGCCAGGAGUGAGGGUCAUCAUAGUCAACCCGGAAACCAGAGGCCCACUGGGAGAUUCACAUCUUGGGGAGAUUUGGGUGAACAGCCCUCACAGUGCCAGUGGCUACUACACCAUCUAUGGAGAGGAGAGCCUGCAGGCGGAUCAUUUCAACACCAGACUCAGCUUUGGGGAACCCCACACUCUGUGGGCCAGGACGGGCUACCUGGGCUUCAUCAAGAGGACUGAGCUACUGGACGCAAGCGGAGAUCGUCAUGAUGCCUUGUUUGUGGUGGGCUCCCUCGAUGAAACGUUGGAGUUGAGGGGCUUACGCUAUCACCCCAUUGACAUCGAGACGUCUGUGUCCCGAGCCCAUCGCAGCAUCGCAGAAAGUGCCGUGUUUACAUGGACCAACCUACUGGUGGUGGUGGCGGAGCUGAGCGGCUCGGAGCAGGAGGCCUUGGACCUGGUGCCCCUCGUCACCAACGUGGUCCUGGAGGAGCACCACCUCAUCGUCGGGGUGGUGGUCAUCGUGGACCCCGGGGUGAUUCCCAUCAACUCCAGAGGAGAGAAGCAGAGGAUGCACCUGCGGGACUCCUUCCUGGCCGACCAACUGGACCCCAUCUACGUGGCCUACAACAUGUGAUCGCCCCGUCACCGACUGAUGAAAAUGCAGAAAACUGAGCCAGGCUCUGAGAAUGGACACGAGGGAGAAAGAGUUGGGGUGCGUUCAGUAGCAACCCCGAUGUUAAAGCUCAGACACACAUUCAAAACACCAAACAAUGUGGGAAUGCGAGUACAGUACGAGUACUGUAAUGAGAACGUGCUUCCCUCUCAGAAACUGUUCCUUCUUUGCUUCCACCUGCUCAAUCGCUGCAGUCCAGGUUCACUCUGAUUUCUACUGAGGAGGACGGAUAUGUUCUCUCCUCUUGAAAGUAGUUCCAUGGUCAACUGGAGGAAAUUUGAUCUUCAUCCUCUCGGUGCAUCCCAUUUCUCCCUCAUAGCUCCAAUUCAUGUUUUUUAAAGACAUUUUUCAUGACAUACUUUAAUCAAAGAAUGAAAUCCUCCCCUCCUUCCAUUCCUUGGUUUUUAUCCCGAACCAUUCAUCCUCGUGUGCUUGUUUGUUUUUUUUUAACCCCCCCUCAAUUCUUGAAGGCAGGAUGGCGCUCUGGAACUGCUGAGAGGAGCUGGAACUUUCCCCUCUUGCACUUUAAGUCCUCGCACCUCUGAGUCCACUUCCUGUCUCACCUGCCUCAAGGGGACGACCCCCCAUGUUUGCUGCUUUCACAAGAGCAAAUCCACAUCAGUAUUAAAAAGUGCCACCAGCAAGUGCAGCCCACAGGGGGCAGUCCUGACAUGUUACCUUCCUACCAGGUGCACCGUGGCUUUUACCUCCCGUCACAUACCGUAUCCUCUGGCCAGCAGACAUCCUGUCGGCAUUCACGUGUUACAAAACAAACUAUUUGUUGGUGUGGGAAAAGAAAGACUGGAAUCAUAAACACACAAACCAGGGUUUUAAAUAAAUGGGCAGAUUAAUUUGCGGUAUGAGUAGGGGUUUGUUCAUUAGAUAGUUCUUGUGAAGUACUAAUAUGUUUUUAGGCACCGAUUUUCAGAAGAAGUUUUGAAGCUAUACCUGGUGUUUAGGUGUGCAUGCUAAUUUGGAGUGCAGUCAGUGUCAUCAUGCGGGCCAAAAAAACAAAAAACACCUGUAACAAGCAGUCACAGCAGGGGAUGGGUUCGUUCAGCCGCAUGUAUGUAGAAUAUUUAGGCAGAGCUCAGCACCACUUUGUGCCUCUCAUGUAUUGGCAUUACAUUUGAGUCACAGCAUGCAUCCGUUUCUGUGAGAAAUCAAUAAAUACCUGGUGUCUCGCAAGAACGCUUACCGCUGUUCUGAAGGUAUUUCCAAAACCCUCAAAGACUCUUCUAACCAUCUGAAUGUAAAAAUACUGCACGGUAAAGUCUUUUUAACUUUCUUUCUCAAGUUCUGAUUGUAUUUUCUAAUACAGUUAACUGAAACCUAAUUCCUUGAUUUAUUUCUUUUUGUAAAACACAAGCAAAAUAUUGUAUGAAAAUUCACAGUAUUGAAAAAGAAUGAAUCUUGUGCAGUGGAAAGAAUAUUCCUGCAUCCAGAUGGUUAUUGGAGUGUUUGAGAAGUCUGGUAAGUGUUGCUAAACGACCUUCUGGGUUUUCCACAGACUGUCUGGUAUUUCUUUUUUUGAAAAAUAUAUAAAAUAUGGAUGGCAUUGUGAAUCGAAUGUAAAUGCACAAACUGGUUUAGGCAGAGCUGACGAUUUAAGCUUAACAGUUCAUUCUUGACUUUAAAAACAUCAGUUGAAAAGGUCCACUUCCUCGUGUGUUUUCCCGAGUUGUAAACUGCGCCUGAUGAUGACAACUGUGUAGUACAAUUGAAAGCUCCAGAACGAGCGAGUAAGUGGACCUUGAGUUGAGAUUUUUUUUUUGGUCAAGGGCUGGCAGAAGAUAUAAUUCACCAGUUUCCUGGCUUGAACUGAAGUGAGCCGCUAGCUUUCAGUCUGUGUGCCGUUUCCCUUGUUAAAGCAUCUUUUAUUCAAUGUUAAAGCGUCACAGUCGAUUAGAUAAAUGUAGAUCAUCAGAAGGCAAGUCAGUGCCUUUUUACUGCACCACCGUGACAUUUAUGAUCAUGGACUGUAGAAUUUCUAAAAAAAUAAAAUACAAUAAAAUAUCAAGAAUGAGGACAGAACUUUGCCUUACUAAAACCCUGUGGAACUCCAGUACUUUUUAUGCUUAAUCCCUCAUUUCUAGCUGUGCUAAUUGUGUAUUUAAAGAACUAUUCCACCAUUUUUUUCACAUGUGGAAUCAGACACCAGUUUCUAACUGAAAACUCAUAUCACGUUUUUUAGAGGAAGGGGGGGGUGUCUCGUUUCUUUGCGAAGAUUUUUUGCAGUCAUGCCUUUCUCAUUUCAUCAUUAUCCUUUUAACUAAGUCUUUCUGAAUGUCUUUAACACUGAAAAAAAAUAAAAUUUGGAAUGAACAACAAACAGUAAGCAACCUGUGAUUUUAAAUGGCAGAAUCCUCCUUUAAAGGAAAAAAAUGGAGGUAAUAAAUGAGGGUAAGGAUGUUGUCUGUAUACUGUAUUUUAGAGGUCAAAUACUGUAUUACUGGUGUUAAUGUGUACAUGAAUAUGAACUUUGUCGAUAAAAACUUGACUGAUCUUUCAUACUUGACAGCAUUUUUUUCUGCAUUGUUAAUUUAUCACAUUGCAAAAGAGAAAGGAAAAAAAAAAAAAAAAGGUUUCAGAUUAUUUUGGCAGGAACAAUGUGCACUUUCCCGAUAUCAUUUUAUGUGUGUGCGUGCAUAUGUCCAUGAGGGAGUUUGUGUGAGUGAGUGUGUGUCCACCUCAACAGUGAUAUUUGGCUUUUCUGGUGCAACAAGGUUUGUCUUUUGUUAGAAAAUCCCAGAAUAUUGAACAAUUUUUUUUUUAUUUCUUGUUUUUUUUUUUUUUAAUGUCGCCUCCACUGUAUUUUAAUUCUUUCCAUCCAAAAUUGGAAUUAAAUAUAUUUUAUAGGGGUUUCAUCAAUAUUUUCUGAUGUAAAAGCUGCACAACUUCUGCAAACAGCUGGUUUUCAUUUAGAAACAGCUUGACAUACAAACACACCAAUAAACCACUUUUCAUUCAGUGACGGACACUGAGGACGCGUAUGCAAGCCGACAUCUGGGGCAAGUUGCUCAUGAAUAACGAAGUGAGGCUUCUGAGCUACUGUGUGAUAAUUGCUUUGUUGCUACUGUUUCACUCCGACAAGUUUUAAUAAAAAGUUUUAUAAUUUCAUGUCGGCCUUCAAGCCUUUUCAGUAGACGUUGGUGCUAUUCAAUAAGGGAAAGCUGGCAGACUUUUGUCCUCCAAUGUCGUAACAAAGAAAGUUUCUUCCUGGAUGCCCUUUUUGUGUGAAAAUAAGUCAUUCUUUUUCCAUGCCAACAUUUUCCAAGAUUUCACUCACUGCUCCGUUUAUAAAAUUGUUCGUCAUCAGUUUUUAUCAGCUUCUGAGAUCUGAUAAAACUUCCUCAACAGGCAACUCCACAAGGACAAUGCAACUCGACAUAUCCACCAUAUUUUCCAUUUUAAUAUUUAUUUCAGUUUUUUUUCCAACUUGUCCUGUUGUGAGGAAUGGCGUACAUUUCCAACCUCCAGUUUAAGCACAAAAUGUAAAUGUACAUGUGAGGUAAUGAAAUUAGGAUCUUUCACACAAAAAAAAACUCAAGGGCCCACAAUGUAUACCUCAACGACUGUGUUCACUAUGCAUUGUCGAGCUGCAGCAAAGACAUUCUGAACUAGUCAAUGGUGCGAUAACUUCUAACAACAUGUCUUACUUGACAAAAAUACUGUCACACUGUCAUUGGAUGUGUUUCAUGUCAAAUAAUAAAAAAAAACUCCUUUGUCAGAAUAUGGUACGCUUUUUUUCUUAUUUUCCUUCCUAACAAUUGUGGAAGCUUCAGGAAUAAUCUGCUGCAUUAAAGAAAAACUGCAUCUUCUGUCCACCAGGUGUCAGUCUGACUGCUUCAUCUGAAAACAUUAAAUCACUAUGACGUCA